UAUGAAACGAUUGCUGCUGCUGGAAGUAGAUGAGUACAUCCCAUUACACUUAUUCUGUGUUAUCCCAGAUAGAACUACCCCAAAUGGCUGACAAUCUACCUCCUCGUUCGAAUGAUACUCGCUUAGUUGUCACCGGACAUGAUGAAAAAGGCAGCACAAUCAUAGUGAAAGAUACCUGCAACCAGGCCAACCCUGUCGGAGACGGAGCGUUUCUUAAUCCUCUGUGGUCCUCGAGUGACACUCCUGCUCCCAUUGAAGGCGAUGAGCAAAAGGUCCCUGACUUUGCGGAUGUAUCGAAAGGUUCUUUAUUCGGCACUUAUGACAUUCCACCUCACUACAAAGGCGCCAUGCAUCGCACAGUCACAUUGGAUUAUAUUGUGGUUCUUAAGGGGCAGGUGGUUCUGACUUUGGAAGAUGGCAAGCGGGUCACUCUCGCUGAGGGAGAUACGACUGUACAGCGGGGGACGAUGCACAGUUGGGAAAAUGAGUCGAUAACUGGGCUCGACUUGUUUCUGUCAUGCUUCCGGCGAAACAACUUACCAUUCAUAACAAGGCUUUGGAGCCGUACUGGCCGUUCUAGUGUCCAUCGGAGUAUUAAAUUAACGUCCAUAUUGUGAUUCAAGUCAGCGGUAGAGUACUAGAAGAGAAUUAUUAUGAUCGAGAGACGACUAGAAUAUCAGCUGGAAGAUAUAUCAUCCCAUACUCAA